AUGGCGAUUCCCUGGAUUUGUCAAAGGCUCAUUGAAACUGAUCCAAACACAAGUGCUCGAUGGGAAGGGUUGGAUAGUAACAGAUUUCAGAGGGUGUUCAUUGCUUAUGGAUGCUCAAUUAAUGGAUUUUUAGAAGGGUGUCGACAUAUACUUUAUAUAGACGGCUGUCAUCUAAGUGGUCCUUACAGGGGGACAUUGAUUUCAGCUAAUGCAUAUGAUGCAGACAAUGAACUAUUUCCAUUAGCAUAUGCUAUAGUUAGUGGGGAGACAUAUGAUGAUUGGGCUUGGUUUCUCCAGAACAUCAAAGACAUCACAAGAUCAGUGGAGACAACGAUAGUUUCAGAUCGGAAUAAUGCCAUUAUAGGUGCUGUGCGAACAAUAUUUGGUGGCGAGAGACAUGCUUUUUGUUAUAGGCAUGUGAAAGAAAAUUUUAGUGCACAUUAUUUAAAAAUUAACCGAGGCAGGGGACGAGUUUCAGGUACUUCAAAGGACGUUGCAUUGAAAAUGCUGGAUGGAAUCGCCUAUGCAAGGAUUGAGGAUGAAUAUGUUGCUGCAAUGGAGAAACUUAGAUCAUUCUGUCCACAAUUGGCUGAUUGGGUUGACACUCAAGGAGAUGUAGAUCGGUGGGCUUUAAGCAAAUUCCCGUUUAAGCGAUGGGAUAACAUCACUACUAAUGUUGCGGAGUCGUUUAAUGCCUGGAUUUUGAAGGAGAGGAAGCACAAUGUGUCAGUUCUCAUACAUGAGCAUAUGGAGAAAUUAGCCAAGAAGAUGGUUGCAAGCAAAAUGGCAAUGGAAAAUUGGACAAAUGGCGUUGGGCCAAAUAUUGAGUCCAAGUUGCAAGAAAAAGUAGCAAGAGCGGAGAAUAUGCAUACUGUAUAUUAUGGAGAUAACCGAGUUCAAGUUGAUACUACAUCUCCUACUGGAAUAAUUUGUGUCACUGUUGAUCUCACAGCUCAGAAAUGCACUUGUUUAGCAUGGCAAAUGAGCGGACUACCUUGUGCUCAUGCAUGUGCAGCGAUAAAGCUACUUCAUGGUAGUGUUUAUGAAUUUGUAGAUGAUUGCUAUAAGCUGUCAGCCCAAGAGAAGAUAUAUGCAAGUAGUAUGAGGCCAAUUGCGACACAUGAUUGUCCUCGUCCCGAAGCUCUCACCGUUACGCAGAUGAUGACGGGAACAUUUUUACAGCCACCAAUCACUAAAAGACCCUUAGGGAGGCCAAAGAAAAGAAGGAUUGAAUCUCAAUUUCAAAGUAAAAAACUUUACCACUGUGGAAGAUGCCAUGAGCCAGGCCACACUGUGAAGACUUGCCAGAACCCCAAUCCAAGUUGA